AUGGUCAACACAGACUUUGAAAAAAUCUACCUCAACCAGUCCCGGUUGACGGGGCGGAUGCGUAUUGCUGACUCUGGUCUUGGUUGGAAGGCAGCCCAGCUGGGCGAUGCGGCCAACAACCAGCCUUUUCUUUUGCCCUCUGAAGAGAUCCUCACUGCUCACUGGUCGAGAGGCUCCAGAGGCUACGAAUUGAGGGUGCAGACGAAAAACCAGGGUGUUGUUUCGCUCGAUGGCUUUGAUCAGGAGGAUUUUGCCAAGAUGAAGCAGGAGCUACAAAGGAACUUCCAGAUUGCCUUGGAGCACAAGGAACACUCGUUGAGAGGCUGGAACUGGGGUCAGACCGACUUGGCCAGAAACGAGUUGGUGUUCCAGGUCAACAACAAGCCUUCGUUUGAGCUUCCAUACUCGGAAAUCACAAACUCGAACUUGACGGGUAAAAACGAGGUCGCGGUGGAGUUCAACUUGGGCAACGACAGUAAGGCCGGUGACGAAUUGGUGGAAAUGAGAUUCUACAUCCCAGGUGUCGUUGAAAACGAGACCACCAAGACCGUGGAAGGUGAAAAUGGCGAGAAGCAGCAGCAGGAAGAGACCGAAGAGGUCAGCGCUGCCUCUGUCUUCUACGACCAGCUCAAGGACAAGGCAGACAUCGGCCAGGUUGCCGGCGAGGCCAUUGUGUCGUUCAGCGAUGUGUUGUUCUUGACCCCAAGAGGCCGUUACGAUAUCGACAUGUACGCCACGUCUUUGAGAUUGCGUGGUAAGACGUACGAUUACAAGAUCCAGUACAAGCAGAUCGAGAGAAUUUUCUCGUUGCCUAAGCCCGAUGACGUACACCACUUGAUAGUCUUGCAGAUCGAUCCGCCAUUGAGACAAGGUCAAACCAAGUACCCAUUUUUGGUGUUGCAAUUCUCGAGAGAGGAGGAGACUGAGUUGGAGUUGAACUUGGCGGACGAUGUGUACGAGUCCAAGUACAAGGACCGUUUGAAGAAGAAGUACGACACACAGACGCACUUGGUGAUGGCCCACUGCUUGAAAGGCUUGAUGGAGCGCCGCUUGAUUGUGCCCGGCUCGUUCCAGUCUCGUUUCAUGCAAGCCGGUGUUGCAUGUUCGUUGAAGGCAUCCGAGGGCUACUUGUACCCAUUGGACCGGUGUUUCUUGUUCGUGACAAAGCCUACAGUGUACAUUCCUUACUCUGAGGUGAGCAAUGUCACCAUGUCACGUACAGGCGGAGGAGUUUCAGCCUCGCGUACGUUUGAUUUGGAAGUCAACUUGAGAGGCUCAGGUCCCUCGCAUGUUUUUGCCAAUAUUGACAAGGAGGAGCAAGAAUCUGUGGAAAGAUUCUGCCUGGAGAAGGGCUUGCGUGUGAAGAAUGAGGAGAAGAUGGCUAAAGCCAUGUUGGCUAAAGCUAUGAACGAAGAGGAUGACGACGACGACGAUGCCGAUGUGGAUAUGGGCAGCGCCGGCGACGACGAGAGUGACGAGGACGGAGACUUUGGCUCUGGAUCCGAUUCCGACGUUGCAGAGGAGUUUGACUCGAACGCCUCCGCCUCCGAGUCGGACGAAGCAAUGGGCGACGUUGACGAGCGUCCUCCCAAGAAAAAGACCAAGAACUAA